AUGUCGCAACCUCUCCAUAUGAAAACCCGACGAGCUGUCAAAACGGCUUCAAACCAAGAUAGCUCUGGCGCUCCAUCAUUCGCUAGCUCUAACAGUCGACGGAGCUCACUUGGCGACUUGUCGCGAUCCGAAGAUGGCCACUCAGGUAUCGAGGAUGAGCGACCAACCAAGCGCAACCGACUUUCAACCGAUUCUGGUACAGACUCCUUCGCCGAUCAGGUCCACGCCGCGAUAAAUGGAAUUAAUGCGCCCGAGUCUUCCAUGUCUAAUCCGCGCGAUGCGACUGAUGCCUCCAAUGUGUCGCCUAAAAAGAGGCGCGCAUCCGAUGGAUCCUUCGAGUCAAGCAAAUCACGCGCAGACGGUGUUCUUACCCGGACCCAGAGCGACACUUCCGAACAGCAACCGCGCAGGAAGAAACGAAGGACGACAACGCAGACGCCCGCUGAGACAGAUCAACUACCAGAAUUGACAGAUGCAUCAACUGCACCUAAUUCACCGGAGCAAGUUCUGGAAGUCGAAAACAGCCAAAAUCUGCAUCAUGUUCUCCCCACCAAUGGCGAUGCACCGGCCAAGAUGGGAAGGCGGCUUCCUGGACGCCGUCGUGCGCCUCACGCCGACAUUAAUGUUGAGGUGGACCUACGACGUCAACUGAAUCUGAAAAUGAGUUAUCGUAGCCUGGCCAAGUUACAGAAAAACAUCCUGGAAGAACUUUCGAGUCGAACGACUACAUCACUUGACGAUGACCCCCAGUUUCACAAGCAAUGUCCUGAAUACGAACCCCUCAUGGCAUCUCUUGACCAGUACAGAGCAAGUCGGCUUGCGCAGGUUGAAGCGCUUCGAAGAGAGAAGCUCGCACAGCUUGAGCGUGUGAUCGAAGCCGAAAGACACAUUGCGAAAGAAAAGUACAUUCAACGAGUCUAUGACCUCCAAGAAGAUCUGCUGCUGCAAUGUUUCCAUCGGGCGAAACAACUUCAACGGGAGUCCAGGAAGAGUCAGGAUGGAGCGGGUACCGAGGACGAAGACAACAUCCUUCCCCCAGCCCGUUUCGCGUUCCCACCAUUGCAUACUGAUGAUCGUGUCGGCUCGAAGUUCGCUUCCCGCAGCCGAGCAUACGUGGAGUCCGAACACCUGCUUGACGAUGAACUUCGUCGAGCACUGUUCGGUGGCUCACUGAGACAUUUCAUCACCGAGGAUGAGGACGCAGACGAUUCGAUUCUCGAAACGCCUACUCCUGUUGGUUUCGCAACCUUCACUGGUCCGGAUAGAGCUGAAGCCAUUGCUCAUCAGAACAUCAAGGAUCUAAUUGACGCGGCUAAUGAUAUCGAGAACACCGCGCUCGGGCCUCCGGCACCCACGGUCAUUCCCAAUGAGCAGGCCGAUGCUCUAUUUGUGCUCGCAUCCCUAUCGGCAGAUGCCGCUCGCAACACUGUCGAAGGGAAAGGCUUACAACCUGCCCGUAGUAAGGCUUCAAUCCCUGCAGAUAGUCGACAGGCACCGUCAAUGGAGAUCGGCCAGACGACAUCACCACUCAAGCAACCCACUGGGCCGUUUGCUGCUUUCUUGAAUCCUAUGUCCAAGAAAUCGGAGAAUGUGGUAGCACAACAAAAACCCGCCGGUAUGAUGGAAUACCCUAGGCCUGUCAAAGAGCAGAUUGCGCCAACCAAGGAGACGCCAUCCCGGUCCACCCACCGCGUCAUGGACAUGCUUAACAAUGACACAGACAUUGCUCCCGCAACUUCGCGAUUUCCUCCAGCAGCCUCAGUCGAACAGACACCUAGUGAUGUGACUUCGCAUCGCAUAAGUGCCAGCCAAGGAGCUACACCCUCACGAAGUGGACUGUUCGGACUGUCUUCUAUCAUGCAUCAGCACGACGUGCAGCCGGAGCGAUCCACACCGGCAGCUUACAGGGAAUCGAUGUCUACACGAGAAGCUUAUUCUUCACCCGCAUCUGCGCGAGCGUACCCCGAGCCGUCUUCAAAAACACCAAGUUUCAUACGACCAAUGAGUCUUGAAGAGCUAAAGAGAAAGGACCCUCUGCAUAUGCUCCGCGAGAUGCUCAAUUUCAAGAGUAAGCCUGACGGGAAGAACGUUACAAGUCAACGUGCAGAGACUUCCGUUUUUGCGCCUCGAGAGCGGACUCAGAUGACAGCUCCACCUCUACUCUCGCAGCCCUUCACUCCUUCGGGUCCAGCCGAAAAAGCAGACAAUACAAGAGAAACACGCAGAGCUUCGAACACCUACAAUGCGUCCCCAUCGACAGCGCCCCCAUCAUACCAACAGUCGCCGAAUGCGGCACCAGCAUAUCUCCCACGACGAGGCUCUCAAGAUCCAGGAUCAUCACACUGGGAGCGUGAUAGGCGUCUGAGUGGCUCGCAGGCACAGCAACCUCCCCCACAACCUUUUGCGGCAAGUCCACGACAAAGCAAUACGGUACCUCCGCAUCAGAGCCCUUUCUCUGCGCCUAGUGCUCCGGGGCCGGCCCUGCCCCAGCUUCCGUCCAUCAGCCAGACUAUUCCUUCCAAACCCUCCGGAGGGCAACCCAGUGCUCCUAUAAACUUUCGCUUCGCACAUUACGACCCCGCGCCACCAAGGCCUGCGUAUCAGCCUCCUCAGCCGCCUCCUCAGCCGAGCUAUCCAACAACAUCACAAGCGCCUCCUCCUGCGCCACCUCCAUCACACUACACGCCCAGCUACAGCGGGCCAUCCCAUCAAGGAGGCUAUGUCCCGCCGCCAGGUAGUUUCCAGGCACCUCCGCCCCCUCCAGCUACAGCGACGAACGCCUCAACGCCCUACCCGCCCCUGAAAAUCCAUCAGUACGGCGGCCAACCGAUCCUGCCGGCGAACAUGGCUCCACCUCCACAUUCUCAGCCACCGAGUAUGGCCUUCAUUGGCCAAGCACCUCCGUCCGCGUAUUCUCCACCGCAACACCACGCGGCACCUCAGCCAAACUCUUCAUACGACGCAAACGCACCGCGGCAGAAUGAACCCUCUUCCGAGCGUCCUCCUGAGCCAGGGUCAGGCCCUGUACGCCAAUCGCGUCGUCCGUACCGGUCGUAUCAUGCGCCUGGAUCACAGUUUAGACCCUACAAUGGGCCGGAUUCUACGCGUCGACGAGGCGGUUAG